AUGGUAUUUGGAUUUGGUAAAGACGAUAAAGAAGAUAGGAGAAGAGGUGAUGAUAACGAUGACAGUUAUGGUGGAUCAUCAAGAACUAGUGGAAACAACAACGGCGACGACAACUUUGGAUCAUCCAAUUUCGGCUCUUCUGGCAACAAUAAUGACGAUAGCUACGGCUCUUCAAAUAAGAGGGGUGGUGAUUCUUCAUUUGGCAAUGAUGAUUCUUAUGGAUCAUCAAAUAGAUCUGGUGGUGGAUAUGGAAAUGAUGAUUCUUAUGGCUCAUCAAACAGAUCGGGUGGAAACACCUUUGGUAACGAUGAUGAUUCUUAUGGAUCAUCCAAUAAGAGAGGUGGUAAUUCAUCAACUUUUGGUAAUGAUGAUGAUAACUACGGUUCAUCAAACAGAUCAGGUAGUGGUUAUGGUAACGACGACUCUUAUGGAUCUUCCAACAGAUCAGGUGGUGGGAACUCUUAUGGAAACGAUGAUGAUAACAACUUUGGUUCAUCAAAUAGAAGAGGUGGUGACGAUGAUAAUUUUGGUUCAUCAAAUAGAUCUGGUGGAAACAGCGGAUAUGGUAACGAUGAUUCUUAUGGAUCUUCCAACAGAAGUGAUUUCUAA